AUGGGUGGGGUGAGUCAAGAUGGCCGCUAUAUAACAACUGCAGACGGGUCGAGUGUUAAGUUUUGGGACGCAAAUCACUUUGGAUUGGUAAAGUGUUACGACAUGCCUUGCGUUGUUGAGUCAGCUUCUUUGGAGCCAAAGUAUGGUAACAAAUUUAUUGCUGGUGGAGAGGACAUGUGGAUUCGUGUUUUCGAUUUUCACACUGGAGCUGAAAUUGGUUGCAACAAGGGACAUCACGGUCCAGUCCAUUGUGUGCGUUUUUCGCCAGGAGGCGAAUCAUAUGCUUCGGGAUCUGAAGACGGGACCAUUAGAAUAUGGCAGACUGGGCCAACAAACAGUGCCGAGCAAGAAUCUUCGGGUGCUAAUUUAUCUGAAGUUAUUACACAGCAGGUUGAGAAUGUGCACAUCACAAAUGAAGAUAAGUUGGAGGCUAGCUGA